CAAACAGAACAAUAUUCGAACAACUAAAACUGAAGAUUUUGGUAUCAUUUUCAGUCAUCCGCUAGUAUCGCCUUCGCCGGCUCGUCGCCGACAAAAGCGUCUGCCGCAGUGUCUGAUCAUUGGCGUUCGCAAAGGUGGUACUCGAGCUCUUCUAGAUGCACUUGCAUUGCAGCCGUAUAUUCGUAUCGCGCGGCAAGAAAUGCAUUUUUUUAACGAUAAUGAGACAUAUGCUAAGGGAUCCGAAUGGUAUCGUCAACAAAUGCCAUACACUUAUCCAGAACAGUGUUUGAUCAUUGGUGUUCGCAAAGGUGGUACUCGAGCUCUUCUAGAUGCUCUUGCACUGCAACCGUAUAUUCGUAUCGCUCGGCAAGAAAUGCAUUUUUUUAACGAUAAUGAGACGUACGCUAAGGGGUCCGAAUGGUAUCGUCAACAAAUGCCAUACACUUAUCCAGAACAGGUUUCGUUUUCUCAGAUGAGUACUACUAGUGUUUCUCAGUACAUAUUCUAUGACAGCAUAUUUUAA